CGUGCGGAGGCACAACUUCCGGAGGGAGGCGGAAAAGCUCUUGGGCUCUGCGUUCUGGAGUCCCGGGACGCCUGAGUGGCCACCGGGGGUUCAGGAAAGAGCCGCCCGCGCGGGCCGGCAGCACUCGGGGUGUCGGGCCAGCAGGUCUGAGGGAUGAGGAGGGGCCAUGGCCAGCGACGGGGCCAGGAAGCAGUUCUGGAAGCGCAGUAACAGCAAGGUCCCGGGCAGCAUCCAGCACGUGUAUGGCGCCCAGCACCCCCCCUUUGAUCCACUGUUACACGGCACCCUGCACAAGGCCACGCCCCAGGUGCCCGCCACGCCGCUGAAGGCCAAGCGACUGAGCACCUUCCAGGAGUUUGAGAGCAGCACCAGCGAUGCCUGGGACGCCGGCGAGGACGGGGACGAGCUGCUGGCCGUGGCGGCCGAGAGCCUGAACACCGAGGUGGCCAUGGAGACGGCGCGCCGCGUCCUGCGCAACCACAGCCAGCGGCAGGAGCGGCGUCAGCUGCAGGAGGUGUCGGCGCCUGGGCAGAAGCCACAGCCCCUGGCAGAGCCUGCCCUGGUCCCCAGCGGUGACCUCCGGCUGGUGAAGUCCGUCAGUGAGAGCCACGCGCCCUGUCCUGCAGAAAGUGCCAGCGACCCUGUCCCCCUGCAGAGGUCCCAGUCCCUCCCACACCCGGCGACUGGCGCACUGGACGGGACGUCCGACCCCAGCACCCUCAGCAGCUCGGCGUUAAGUGAAAGAGAGGCUUCCCGGCUCCACAAGUUCAGGCAGCUCAUCGCCGGCCCUAACACGGACCUCGAGGAGUUACGGAAGUUGAGCUGGUCCGGAAUCCCAAAGGCGGUCCGUCCGAUUACGUGGAAGCUGCUCUCAGGUUACCUUCCUGCCAACGUCGACCGAAGACCGGCCACUCUCCAGAGAAAACAGAAAGAGUAUUUCACGUUCAUCGAGCGCUACUACGAUUCUCGGAAUGACGAAGUCCACCAGGACACGUACAGACAGAUCCACAUAGACAUCCCCCGGAUGAGCCCCGAGGCGCUGCUGCUGCAACCCAGCGUGACCGAGAUUUUUGAAAGGAUAUUGUUUAUAUGGGCGAUACGCCACCCCGCCAGUGGAUAUGUUCAGGGGAUAAAUGACCUUGUCACUCCUUUCUUCGUGGUCUUCAUCUGCGAACACAUAGAGGAGGACGACGCGGACGCCGCCGACGUGUCCCGUGUGCCCGCAGACGCGCUGCGCAGCGUGGAGGCCGACACGUACUGGUGCGUGAGCAGGCUGCUGGACGGCAUCCAGGACAACUACACCUUUGCCCAGCCCGGGAUUCAGAUGAAAGUGAGGAUGCUGGAAGAGCUCGUGAGCCGGAUCGACGAGCAUGUCCACCGGCACCUGGAGCAGCACGAGGUGCGGUACCUGCAGUUCGCCUUCCGCUGGAUGAACAACUUGCUGACGAGGGAGCUGCCACCACGCUGCGCCGUCCGCCUGUGGGACACCUACCAGAUGUUUGCUGAAGCUGAGGCCGUGCUGCAGGGUCACACAUGGCCUGCCGUCGUCACGUGCCGGUCGCAGGCCCCGGUGCGGGGACCGCUAUGGGAGCCGCCGUGCGCGAGCGCAUCGCGUCCGCGCCCUCCCUCUGUUCGGCUUCUGCAGCCACGUGGCCAAAUGCCGUCCGUAGCUGCUGCGUUCCCGGCCGCCAGCGUUCGCGGGGACGUAAAGCCUUUCCUUGGGCCGUUUGGCUGGAGUGGCCGACAGCCUGGUGCCGUCCACCAGGUCUCGGGAGCGUUGCGGGAGGCAAAGCAUGAUUUCCGGUAAAUUGCGCACGCUCGCCGCUCGAUGGGCGAGGCUCUGCGGGACCCUGUCCUCCUAGCACAGAGCUCCCGGCAGCACUGUCCCCACCA